AUAUAUAUAGCUUAGGGUUGAACUCUGGAUUUUUUUGUGCUUUCUGAGCUUGGUUGUUUGCUUGCAGAUGAUUCAUUACCUGACUAGGUAACAUCAUCAGUGCACUGUUUUACAUUCAAACAGCCAAACUUAGAGCAUUAAGGACUCUAUAGAUAAUUGUUGUAUUAUACAUACUGUUUGAUUUUCUGAAUUUAUUUUUACUAAACUAUAUUAAUACAGUUAAGCAAAGCAUGUUUUUCAGGGUUUUGACUGAAAUCUGACAGCCAGUUUGAUCUCGUGGUUAAGGCACAGACUAGAAAGUGGGAGACCGUGAGUUCUUUAGCCAUGAUAGCUUCCUGAGUGACUUUGGGCCAGUCAUUCUCUCUCUGUCCAACUCAUAUCACAGGGUUGUUGUUGGGAAAAUAGGAGGAGGAAGGUGUGUUUUAUAUGUUCACCACUUUGAGUUAUUCGUAAAAACAAUAAAGGAAUAAAAAUAAAGGGGUACAUAUAAAUAAAUAAAAUAAAAAGAACAAAAUAAUAAAAUGUGAUAUUAACAGAUGAAAAGGUGGCAUAUAAUUGUGUUUUUCCCCUAGCAGUGAAAUCACAUAAUGCAUAUUUCAAUUAAAUCCAAAUAAGAAACAGAGAAGCUCAUAUUGCAGAUAUAUAAGUUCGAAGAGCCUUCCUUUAACAUUUAACAAUUGGCAACUCCAAAUCUCAACCAACAAAUGCUCUGUCUUACACACUGACAAAAACAAAAAAAUCAAAACACAAAAUACAAGGUGGGCGGAUACGACCUCGUAGUUGACCCUCACUAUGUCAAGGACCUUGAAGUACUCAUAUUUAAUGAUCAAAGUGCCAGAGCGCAUUGUAACAAUGUUGCCAAUGUUGCCUAAGAGUUGUUAACCUAAUCUUGCAUAGCUCUGGUAAUGUACUGCAAACUAGAGCAUACAAAACAUUUGCUAGACCAAUUCUCGAAUACAGCUCGUCUGUCUGGAACCCGCACUGCAUAUUGGACAUUAAUACAAUUGAGUGAGCCCAGAGAUAUUUUACGAGAAGAGUUCGCCACUCCUCUGCUCGCAACAGAAUACCUUAUGCCACAGGCUUGAAAUUUUGGGCUUACACAACUUAAAAUUAUAUGCCGCCUUCGGUCUGACCUAAGCGUAGUACAUAAAAUUAUCUGCUACAAUGUCCUACCUAUCAAUGACUACUUCAGCUUCAACCACACCAAUACACGAGGACACAAUAGAUACAAACUUAAGGUAAACCGCUCCCAAUUCGAUUGCAGAAAAUACGACUUCAGCAACAGAGUGGUCAAUGCCUGGAAUGCACUACCUGACUUUAUAGUUUCAUCCCAAAACCCCCUUAGACUGUCUACUGUUGACCUCACCCCAUUCCUAAGAGGUCUGUAAGGGGCGUGCAUAAGCGCACCAAUGUGCCUACAGUCCCUGUCCUAAUGUCCUCAUUUAUUCGUAUCCAUUUCAUGUAUUCAUAGUCAUGCUUAUACUUUUAUCUGUAAUCUUAUAUAUGCUUGACAAAAUAAAUAAAUAAAUUUAAAAUAUAAUUCCAAGAAAGACUUUCUAAAGUAAUCUACUGUGUGAAAGAUCAACCAUAGGCUAUCCCUAAUUAACCUUGUCUCACCUCAUUUGGAAAAGACUUCUGAACAGGACACUUGAAGGAGAGGUUAGAGGUUAGGAACGCACGUAAGAGAAAAAUGAAGAUAGAAGAUCUGAAAAGAUUAAAAAGCAACCCUUUAAAUAGGGCUCAGAGGUGGAACAACAAAGGAAGACAUGAAAAGGAAUGAAGCUGUCAAGAUAGUAGCUGUAAACAGUUGAAGAUAAUGAAGAUAAUGCAUAGUACAGAAUCAACUUGUUUCUGCUACAUUCCAAAUGGAGCAAUGUACUUACAAAAUAUUUGGUCAACUAUUCAGGUGUCCAUAAACAGCACUGAAUUAUUUCAAGUGGUGUAUAUCCCAGAUGAACGUGAAUGCCAAAAUUCCGAACAUUUCCUAGAUUUUUUGAAGUGCCUGAUUAGCAAUAUUUGGCAGCCUAGUGUGUCUAAUCAAACGAUCAUAACAGUCGACCAGUAUGUUGGCAAAACAUGUUUCAGGAUCGAACCGACAAAUAAAGAACUCUUCACUGUGAGCGUACAACAAAAGAUGUUGGAGAGCAAACUCAUUCUGUUAUUUGUUGCUGGUGGACUUCUUUUUCAUUUUGCCUAUAACUUGAGUAGAAGUAAUAUCUUCUAUUAUUGUGCUGGGAUAGCAUUUGGCAUUUUCAUACCUCUAGUCUUUCUCGUUUUCAUGCUUAAAAGGUUUAUUCCCAAGCUAAGUACCUUCUGGAUUUUAAUGAGUGGGGGCUGGUUCUCUUCUCUGUAUAUAUUUUAUAUUUCAAGAGAAAAACUGAGAUGGAUGUGGAACAAUUCUACAUAUUAUAUACUGGGAUAUAUUUUAUCAGUUGGAUUAAUCUCUUUUACUAUUUGCAAGAAGCAUGGGCCACUCGGCAGCGAGCAGAGUAUGAAUCUCUUGAUGUGGAUGUUGCAGCUGAAAGGCCUGGUCUUAAUUUAUUUUGGUAUUGCAAUCCCCCAAAUUGCCUAUGCAGUCACAACUGCUAUGCUCUGUACAAAAUUCCUGCAUUAUCCCCUUCGAGCAUCCUGUUACGUUGGCAAAAAAGCUGCUCAGUAUUUCCACCCAGAAAAAUUGGAGCCUCGCUAUCUGACGGAAGACGAAUACCGGGAACAAGGAGAAGCAGAGACCGUGAAGGCCCUGGAAGAGCUGCGUGUAUUCUGUAGGAAUCCCACUUUCCCCUCCUGGGUAGCUGUGGUCAAACUGCAAUCUCCACAAAAGUUUGCAAACUUUGUACUAGGUUCCCCUCAUGUAUCUGCUGAAGAAGUGAUAGCCCAUGAGGCACAGUAUGGCAUCGGAGGACCCCUCCUGGAGCAACAGCUUUUCCACCCUGAGACCGAGGCAGAAUCAGAGCCCCAAAACACUUCUCCUGAGGUGGAGGAGAGAAACAAAGAGGAAGGACUGAGACUAUUACAACCAAACAUCCGGCAUUUCCACAGUAGAGAAUUUCUUUGAGCUGCUGCCCAGGUCAGCAAAAACAUGGAAUAACAUGCGUUUUUGAACUGUAGAGGGCAGUCAAAGACAUUCUGAAGGAUUUACCAUGACUUCAUUGGUUUCCAGGAAGCAGUUAAGUUUGCAACCCAUCAUGAUUAGAGUUAUAUAAGGAGGGAAUCCAGGCACAUCUGAACAAUACUGGAUUUAGUUAACGUCUGUGCUUAGAGGAACCAUUUGCUGAAGGUUUGAUGAGGCAGUCUGUGGAGGGCUGGAGCAUGGAAUUCCUCUCAGUUAUUCUGCCAAUUUACAAGCAGUCUUUCUUUUUUCUUUUUGCCUGAUCAUGGUUUCUAAGUUUGCACAUUAACCCAUGGUGUGCUUAACUCUCAUUUGUUGAGUUAACACAAACACAUUAAGCCAUAACUUUUGGUUUGUAAAUCACAACGGCUGCACACCAACACAAUCACAUUGCUUGGGACCAGUGACCCAGCAAAGACAACUAAUGUUGGGAAAAUGAGCCGAGAAGUUGAAGUUACUGGUGAUUAACCACUUUAUGGUAAUUAUUUCUCUCCAGUAAUUGGGAAAAGCUGAAGUUGUGUUGUUUUAGCAUCAUUUGCAAAUAAAUUGAGCGUUUUAGAUACUACAGGCACUCAUCUUUAGAAGAGCCAAAGGAAAUGUUGGAGCAUAGCAGUAGUAGCAGCAAUGAAAGCAAAGGAAAUAAUAGGUACCUUGGGCACAAUUCCAAAACAUCUGGAGCACCACUUGAACACCAUCGGAAUGGACAAAAUCACCACCAGUCAAUUGCAAAAGGCAGCUUUACUUGGAACAGCUCACAUCCUGUGAUGGUACCUUUUAAUACCAUCAAAUAUCAUCUGCCUAUCCUAAGUCCUUGGAAAGACUCAAAAGGUGGAUAAAAAUGCCAAAUCCAGUCUAAAUGUCUGGCAGAGGGUGUGACCAACAAAAAUAAUAUUUAUUAAAUUAUAUGCCAUCCAACUCAUAGUGACUCAGGGGCUAGUAGCACAAGUAGGACAGAAUUGGUGUUUACUCCUAUGUACAUGGAGUCCUAAAUCCCAAAAGCUUCCAAG